GAGGCCCUCUGCAGAAAACCACACAGUCUGCUGAUCGCCCCUCUGGCGCCGUGCACAGCCCCUGAGUUUGCAGGAAACAUCCCCAGAGCCCGUGCACAUGGAACGACGUGAACUGCAGCGGCUCGAAGCCCGGAUGGAGCAGCCAUUGGGGAAGUGUACAGGGCUUUAACGUUUUCUCUCUCUGGAAUAAGAGAAAAGACAAAGUAAAGGCGAGGACCGAAGUGGAACCGAGAUCCGAAAAAGCUCCGAGACCUUCGCACCAACCCGAAAACACCUGCACCAGGACCCCUCGGCCGCUCUCGGACACAGAAUCCGAGGCGACAGACUUGAAGUGUGGAAGUUGGGAGACGUGCACACAGCGGAACAUACACAGCUGAGCUAGCAGCACGCUAAACGCCGCACAACUAGCCGCGGAGCUAACUUGAGCUGGGAAGUUGCUUUCCCCCCCCCACACAUCACGGGGCUCGAGAUCCAGUCACAAGCUCAGGCUCUGUGAGAAUCCCGGGACUUGCUUCAUGAAUUAUGUCUGCCACAAGCAUUGACCCUCAGAGAUCAAAAGGACAAGCUUCUAAAGUGCAAAAUGGUUCACUGCAUCAGAAGGAGACUGUCCAUGACAAUGACUUUGAGCCUUACCUCACUGGUCAAUCAACUCAGAACAACAGCUACCAGUCCAUCACCGACCCCUACCUGUCCAGCUACUACGCCCCCUCCAUUGGAUUUCCGUACCCCCUCAGUGAGGCUCCCUGGUCCACAGGAGGGGACCCGCCUAUUCCAUACCUCACCCCUUACGGAGCCUUAAGUAAUGGAGACCAUCAUUUCAUGCCGGACACAGUGUUUGGCCAGCCGGGGGGCCUGGGAAGCAGCAUCUACCCCCACAGGUUUAACUUUUUCCCUGAAAAUCCUGCCUUCUCUGCUUGGGGCACAAGUGGCUCCCAGGGCCAGCAGACUCAAAGUUCAGCUUAUGGUGGCAGCUAUAGCUAUCCUCCCAGCUCUCUGGGGGGUACCUUGGUGCCUGAUGGUCAGACGGGCUUUCACAGUGACACCCUCAACAAAGCCCCUGGUAUGAACAGCCUGGAGCAGGGUAUGGUUGGCCUGAAGAUCGGAGGGGAUGUUACAGGCCAGGGGUCAGGCAUCAAGGCUGUAGGAUCUGUGAUUGGUGGACCUGCAGUGGCCACAGGAAAUGGAGCCACACCUAUUGGCAUGCCCCCACCCAAACCCACCUCCUGGGCGGCCAUUGCCAGCAAGCCUGCCAAAAUGCAGCAGCUGAAAUCUAAGGUAAAGCCAGGGAUGCCCAAUCUAGGGGGAGCUCUGCCUCCGCCACCCAUCAAACACAACAUGAACAUUGGGACCUGGGACAAGGGCCCAGUGACUAAAGUAGCCACAGCUCCAAUGCAGCAGCAGCAGCCUCUUGGCCUGCCUCAUGGUAUGCCUCCUCAAGCCGCCAUGCAGCAAGGACCCAUGCAGCCCCCUCCCCAGUCAAUGGUGCAGCCCCAGAUGCAGCCUAUGGCCUUACAGCCCCCCCAUCAUCAGCACCAUCAACCUCCACCUCAGCCCUACCAAAACCAUACCCAGCCCCCACAACCCCAGACCCGCUGGGUUGCCCCACGUAACCGUAACCAAGGUUAUGGGCAAGGGGGCCCCUGUCUAGAUGGUAGUGGUAUGAUGGGUGUGGUUUGUGGUGGGAACAGUGGCCCCCAGACUUCUGCCAGCCAGGGACCUGGUGCGGAGUCUCAUCCGGUGCUGGAUAAGCUGCGUGCCUCUCACAGCUACAAUCCCAAGGAAUUUGAAUGGAACCUGAAGAAUGGUCGUGUUUUCAUCAUUAAGAGCUACUCUGAGGACGAUAUACAUCGCUCCAUCAAGUACUCGAUCUGGUGCAGCACGGAGCAUGGCAACAAGCGGCUGGACUCAGCCUUCCGGGCCAUGAAUGGUAAAGGUCCUGUGUACCUGCUGUUCAGUGUCAACGGCAGUGGUCAUUUCUGCGGUGUGGCAGAGAUGCGUUCACCAGUGGACUAUGGCACCAGUGCUGGUGUUUGGGCACAGGACAAGUGGAAGGGCAAAUUUGACGUUGACUGGUUGUUUGUUAAGGAUGUGCCUAAUAGCCAGCUGCGCCACAUCCGCCUGGAGAACAACGACAACAAGCCAGUGACCAACUCACGCGACACCCAGGAGGUCCCUCUGGAGAAGGCCAAGCAGGUGCUCAAGAUCAUCGCUACCUACAAACACACCACCUCCAUCUUUGAUGACUUCUCCCAUUAUGAGAAGAGGCAGGAAGAAGAGGAGGAGGUGCGUAAGACUUAUGAACCUCCUCAGAUACAGAACCGCUCUCGGUUGGAUCAGGAGCGCCAAAACAGGAAUAAACAAUAGAGGACAUUUAUCCUUGGCUUGAUCAACAGUUACACUAGGACUUUUGAUUUAAGAGACAGAAGAAUAUGAAAAUGCAACCAAGCCCUUCAUUUUUUUUCCUAUUUAAUCCUGGUGAAUCUCUGCCAUUGUUGAGACUUGUGCUUUUUUGCCCCAUACACCACCCACUUCUUGUGCAGGGAUAACAAGCUGAUUUAAUGUAUUACCAAGCCACCACCACACUCUUUAGUUCAGCUUUUUUUCUUUUUAAAUAUUUUUCUUCCCGUUCAAGCUCGUACUCUUCUCUCACCACCAGACUGGUUUUCUCUCUCCUGCUCCCACCCCCUCCUCUUUCCAAUUGAAUCAGGGUUUGACUGCACCAUGGAGAAAAAAAAUCUGCCACUUUAUAUUUCAGUACAAUCAGGAACGGACGUGUCCUGCCCCUAUUUGUCCAUGUGGGGGCAACAUUGCCAUGCUUCAGAGUUUUAACUGUGCCAACAGGGUUGGAGGAUCCCAAAGGCAAUGUCGGACUUGGAACUGUGCGAUAUUAAAACUUCAAUGAUUUAUCUAUUUUUCAUUCAGAUUGACAAAAUCUCUAUUUUUUGGCUUACUACUGACAAUUUUCAUUUCAGAAAGCUGUUUUCUGGAGCCUUAAUGUUUUUUUUUUCUAAUUAUUGGUGACUUCUCAAAAGAACUGCUCAAAACAGUGACACUGCUGGAGAAAUCAGGGAUAGUGUGAAGUCACACGGGACUCGAGACAUUUCAGAGGAGGAAUUGCAAAGGCCUCUGGGAAAGAAAUAACGGAUGUUUCCUCCACAACCAGAACUCUCACCAUUUAAAUCAAAAAUUGUACUAUUGACAUCCUUCACAAACCCUCUGCUUUGCUUUCGUUUUGUUGUUUGUCUUAAAGGGGUCUUUUGUAUGUUUCAUCAGGAGAUUCUGCUUGUGUACGCAACCCAGUCUGAGAGAACUGUCGCAUCCACCAUUUUAAAUUGUUUUAUAAUCAGUUCAAAAUGAAUUGUCGCUUUUGCAUUUUUGUUCCACAAAAUGGGGGGAGGGUUCACCUAUUUGUCCAUUCACCAUCAUUCUGUCUUAAUCCUCUGUUUUUUUGUUUUUCGUUUUCCUUGAAUUUGGUUUUGCUAAGUCUAUCAUGUUGGUCGUAAUGCUAAGCUUUAACGUAGGAGCCUAUAUAUUCAUGGAGAAAGCCUAAAAAUGUAUAACCUAAAAAUUAAUGUAACUGAUUUACUAUCAAGUAAGAAAAAAAUAAGAAUGAAAUGUGGUUUCUGUGUGUUUUUUGGUUGUUGCAAAAAAAAUUUGUUUGUUGUAGACUGAAUCCAUUAAUUAUGAAACGGUAAAGUACUUUCAGGUAUGUUCAUGGUAAAAAAGAUAAAAGUUAAAAGAACAAAAGUCACUAAUAGAUGUGUGUGCCAUGCAUGGCAAGCUGCAAUAUAGUAGGUCUGCUGGAAACGAGUAGGUGAGUGUUAAUGUUGUGGAGUCAGGACGGUGUCCCCCCCUGUUCUCGUUUCUGUCAUUUCAGGGCAUUCAAAGCCAGAGGACAGUUUAUUAGUUAAUGAGCAUUUGAGAUCAGCAGAUUAUCUUGUGAUUAGUUUGAUCGUUACUUUAGUAUUUUGUGGAUUGCGAGGUCCCCAUGUUGCAGAGAGGAAUAAGACGUGGAUUUCUUUUUCAAAUAGAGGGAUCUUUUUUGUUUUGCCACUUUUUGUUUUAUUAAUUUUCCAAGUUGAAAUCUGAUGUAGAUUCCAAAACCAAAUCAGUUAUUUUGAUCCAAAUAUUUCACAUCUUUUGUUUGAAAUAUUUCAGUUAAAACCGUAAUGACAGUUGCACCUGUUCAUAUAAUGUGGCCUGGACUCAUACACAUGAAGCUGUUUGGUCUUUUCAGAUUAUGUCAGACAGUGUGUGUGCUGUAUGAUCCAUCUUGAUCCUGUGAGUUUACCCCUUAAUUACUUUGAGAUGGCAGGAAACUGCAUUUUGCAAAACUGUUUGCUUCACGGACGUAUUUCGGGAUGUGUGAAGCUGUGUUGUGUUUUUUUACAUGGCCAAGUGGUUCCCCCUCCUGUAAUGUAGAGUAACAGACCUGACAGGAACCUUCCCUCUUCAUCUCUUUAUCUUUUUUACCUGCUCUAAUCAAUAGCUAGGUUGAUCCAAGCAAUACGGUGAAUGCCCUUCACGUGUCUGCCUUCACCAACACCUGCUCUCUCCAUUCGGCAUAGAGUCGGGGGGAGGUGAGAAGCUAAAAGGAUGCCACCGAUAUCGCAGUCCACCGCCGUCUUUGCCUCAGGAAGCAUGAGCUGGUUGUGAUGAUUGUACAGGGCUUUUUGUGCACGUGAAUGGUAACUGUCAGAAGAGGUUUGCUGCAAUAGACGGGAUGUCAGACUAGCCAUCAAAGUAUGUCUCAACACUACAAAAGGAUUAAUGACAUGAAAUAUUAAACAUUGAUUAUCUUAUAGACCACAGUUGUAGUGGCAUAAUAACUUGUUCAAAAGAGCUAUCUUGGUUUUUCUUUCUAGAAGAAAUCGAGCCUUAAUAAACUGUCCAUUACGAAAUUA